CUUACCUUGAUACAUGACGACCUACGACAUGAGACUGACAAUACGCUGAGUAUCCUUUGAGGUGUAUCAUUCUAAGAGGACAGAUCUUGGGCGCCAUGGCGAACACGCUGACGUCUCGCGAGGAACCCAAAGCGGCCGAAUAUGCAGGAGAUGAAGUUUCUGCGCUUGUGCUCGACCCGGGCUUCUCUACAGUGCGCGCCGGUUUCGCAGGAGAAGACACUCCCAAAUCGAUUGUUCCUACGUACUACGCAUCAACCGGAUCCGGUCGACUCUUCGGCGAUCAUGUCAUUGAUCUACCGCGCCCAGGGGUUGAAAUCAAGAACCCCAUGAACAAAGAUGGCAUCGUGGAAGACUGGGACGCAGCCGAGGCGCUGUGGAAAUACACCUUCGCACACAAACUCACGGGCGUGCGCCCGAACCGCGCUCUACAAGAGUGGUUGAACGAUCCCAAAUCCGUGCCGGACCUACAAAAGUCCAUGGCCGAAGCGGUGGACACGGAACGGUGUCUAGAAGAUCACCCAUUGUUCAUGACGGAGCCGUCGUGGAACACGCAAAAGGCACGGGAGAAGUGUGUCGAGAUGGCCCUCGAGUCGUGGGGCGCACCGGCAUUCUACCUAGGCAAGACGGGCGUGAUGGGUGCGUUUGCAGCUGGUCGGCCGACGGCGCUCGUGCUGGAUUUUGGCGCGACGCAGGUGUCUGUGACGCCGGUGCAUGACGGGAUGAUCCUCAAGAAGGGCGUCACGCGCGCGAACAUUGGCGGAAACUAUCUCAGUCAGCAGGUGCGUAAUAUGCUGGCUGGCAAUGAGGCGGGAAGUAUCACAAUCACGCCGCAUUAUCUGGUGCAGUCGAAGCAGCCGGUCGACGCGGGGCAAGCGGCGAAUGCCGUGCUCAAGACGUUUCCGACGGGAUUCCAAGAGCCGGACGCGAGCUUCCGACGGUAUCAGGAGGAGAAGGUCGUGCUGGAAUUCAAGGAGAUUGCGCUGCAGGCGUGGACGAACGCUAAUGUGACGUUCAGAGGGCAAGGGGAAGCGCUGGCGCGGGAUACGCAGUUUGCGCAGCCGUUUGAAUUUCCGGACGGAUACAAUCAGACGUUCUCGAGUGAGCGGUUCAGGGUGGUCGAGUCGAUGUUCGAUGGACAGUGUUACUAUCCUCCUCCGGCGGGCGAUGUGUUGGGACAAGAGUACCCUGCGCCAGACGAGAAGCAGACGAUUCCGGGCCUGGUCAAGGCGUCACUCAGCCAAGUGGAUGUCGAUGUGCGGCCGUUCUUGCUGGCGAAUGUGGUUAUCACGGGGGCCGGGUCGCUGAUUCGUGGGCUGCCCGACCGGAUACAGCAGGAGCUCAGCAAGAUGUAUCCAAGCGCUCGGGUCAGGAUCCAGGCGUCGGGGAUGGCAGUGGAGCGGAAGUUUGGCAGCUGGAUUGGUGGGAGUAUCGUGGCGAGUCUGGGGACGUUUCACCAGAUGUGGAUUUCAAAAAAGGAGUACGAGGAGCAUGGGCCGAGUAUUGUUGAGAAGCGGUGUAAGUGAGGCAAGGGAAAGGAUCAACAUGGUGUGGUUCGGGUCCUGCGAUCUUUCUCUCCCCGCUGGGCGCCGACUGGUGAGGCGAGGCGAGGCGAGGCGAUACGACGCAUGACCAGGGCGACAGCAGCAUUUGCCGGAGUUCAAUUUCUGGGGAGUGGGAUGGGCAUGGAUGGGUAGAGGAAAAUCUGGUACCAGUAGCGAUUGUCUUGGACUGGGGAAGGGAUUGAUUGGGCGAACCAUACCUAGGUACUACUGUGUAGUGGGCAGAAUGCAGAAUUGCCAAACCAUUACGAGACAAGCAGAGUCACAAUGAGGAAUGAGGGGAGAUGGAAUGGAGUGAAUGGCGAGAGCGGUGAGCGUGGUGGAGGAUGGUGAGGAAGCGGGCUUGUCCUUGAAGGUGAUGGUGAGAUGUUCAUGGAUCUUCGAUUGGAGGGUACAUGGGUUCAUAUGCAGUUCAUAUGCAGGGUGGCCCCAGGUGUGCGUUCGAACCAGAUAUUCGGGUCAGAAGAGGAGAGGAGUUGAGUUGAAAAGGCUCCUACAGUACGACGGACACCUGAGUAGUUCAAGCUGGUCACUGGUAUAGGGAGUACUGACUCGACGUAAGUGAUACUCUCGAUACAGCAGGC